AUGAUUAGGCUGGUUGUAGGUACUGCACUAAGCCACAUGUGCGUCCCAGUUAAUAGGGGGAAAAAAAAGAAGCAAAAAGAAAAAGAAAACCAAUCAAUUGGUUCAAUUUGUUACCUCCACUCCGAUCAACCAGAGUUGCUGAAUUCAUACAGAUUACAUAACAUGUCCUCUGUCCUGCACAGAGUGCAGAGUACUCUCCAUCAUGAAUGUAAUGUAAUAAUACCGGGUAUGGUUACAGACGACGGCUUUGGUGAUGAUGAUGAUGAUGAUGACGAUGACGAUGAUCAUAUCAAACGAUCCACAUGGACUCGGAUGGAUCAGCAAGCAAGUGGCCCCAGCGCUGUCGUCAUGGUCGACUACGACAACAUCCACGAACUGCGACAGCAGUCUACUCUGUACGGAGUCCUCCGUACUACUAUUAGAUGUCUGCAGUCAGUCGACAUGCCUAUUAAUAACAGCUGGAUAGCUGGAUUUAGUAUCCUUUGGGACUUAAAAAAAAAGAAGAAGAAGCUAGGCCUACGGCUAAAAUGA